CGGAUUGAGGUACACUCCGCACGCUAGCGAUCAGAAGUCGCCAGGACAUAUUUUGAGCAUACAUCUGAAUAAGAAAUAGUUUAAAAUGACUCUAGCUCAGAAAACCGAUGUUCAGAUAGACGGUGAAUCGUUUGACCUUGUGCGUAUUCCAAAAGCGACUAGUAAGCUUGUAACGCAAGCUAAAGGUACGCUAAUGGGAUCUCUUGAUCUCGCGAGCCUUGUGGACGACCUAGGGAAGCUAGGCAGCUUUGUUCGACUCGCCUACAACGGAGUAGCGGGAAACACAGAGGUUCAAAUCAAGGUCCAACGAGUGGGCUACAAAGUGACAAAGCUCGCGGACAAAUCUGCGGUUACUGUGCAUCGUUUCAAGAGCGCAUCGCAGAGCGUAUUACAAGAGCUUAGGGGGACAUAUCAAUAUUUACUUGACGGACUGGAGGAAAUGGCCGUUGAGACACUGUCGUUACUAGCUGAUGUCGCGUCAAAGAUGGCUACAGCGGCAGACGAGCUUCACACCGACUUUGAGGCAGCGACUGAGGAUGUUAUAGAGGCAUUGGAGGAUACCCAGAGAGCGAAAGGGGGAGAGGAGGAACGGAAAAAGAAAAUGGAGCAAGAGAGGAAAGAGUUUGAAAUGCGAAAGAGAAAAGCGGAAGUUCUGCAGAAGAGUGCUCUGGAGGCAGAGGCUAAAGCCGAGGCUCUUUACAAUGAAGCUCAAAUACGCGAGGACAAAGCGCUUGAUAAUCAAGACAAGAUCCUUAAAAUCUUAUCAGCUAUCUUUACUGCUGGUGCGGCAUAUUGCGGUAAUGUAGGGCUAGUUCUGGCAGCCAAAACGGUAGGCGACGCCGUCACAAGCACAGAAGACAACAAGGAAGCUUUGGAUCAGGCAAAAACAGAGAAAAUGCGUCACUUGGACGACCUACAAAAACAGCGAGACAUCAGACGAGAAGCGCUACAGCAGUGUAUUGAGUUCACCGAGAGAAUCAAGCAUUGUGAUGACGAUGAGAGCCUGGCUGAAGUUGCCGCGGAAGCCCUACAUAACUCCGUAGGCGCUCUCAAAUCACUAAGCGCAAUCAUGAUGAACGCCGCCACCUUUUGGCGCCAGAUGCAACUACAUUGCGAGACAUUAGCCAAACAAGACAUCCAGCGACUCAUCGAGAAGGCCAUAACGCUGCCGGAGGAAAAACGCAUCAAGGUAUGGACUUCGACAUCGUUCAAGACCAAAGCGGUGCAGUAUUACUCCAAGUGGGUUGCGCUGGAUGAUGUGUGCGGCGUCUAUAUGCAUCAGAUCCGCGACACCCGUAAGGACUUGUACAAUUACUUGCAGGAAAACUAUACAGUCCCGCAAGCUAGGAAAAAUGUGAAAAGGCUGGCAGUGAUGUUUGCAGACGACCUGAUGAAAGCUCAAAAGGAGAUUGAUAAGAAGGAAUUUGAGGCCUCGAAAGAAAUUUUAGCAUUAGAGGCUCCUCCCAAAAACUAAAGGGCUGAUUAAUAGGGCUUUAUCUUAUUAGGGACUGUGAGGGAGGGGGUAGGCCAAAGAUGGAAGAAUAUGGCGUCUAUCAUAUAGCAAAGGAAUAGACUACUGUCCCCUCCCCUCCGUCCCUUCCCAACUGACAACAUUUCCUAUCUUUCGGCAACGGUGAUAUGUAGAGCAAUAUAUACUAUUCUUUAAGAGCAUAAAAAUAAAAGUUUAAAAUUGA